GAGAAGAUCACAUUGUUAUUUUGAUUUGUAUUAUUGAUUAUUGAUUUGUGCAUUUGUUGUUAACAUGGAAGUGAUGGUAGGGGAAGGAAUCGCCCAUUGAAAUCCCUUACCUGUUAUUCUGAUUAGAUUCGAAGCUUCACAAUUCAUCUUCUGCUUUUCUCAUCACAAAUCGAUUAUUCUCGAUUUCAUCCAACGCAACAUAAUAGAAGAGAGGCAUGGGUCAAACUUUUCGGAAGCUCUUCGAUACAUUCUUCGCCAAUACUGAGAUGCGGGUUGUCAUGCUUGGUCUUGACGCUGCCGGCAAAACUACUAUACUGUACAAGCUCCACAUUGGAGAAGUUUUAUCUACUGUUCCUACAAUUGGUUUUAAUGUGGAGAAGGUUCAGUAUAAGAAUGUUGUUUUCACAGUUUGGGAUGUUGGAGGGCAAGAGAAAUUAAGGACACUUUGGAGGCACUAUUUCAACAACACUGAUGGUUUGAUAUAUGUUGUUGAUAGUCUGGACCGUGAAAGGAUAGGGAAAGCUAAGCAGGAAUUUCAGGCAGUCAUAAAUGAUCCGUUUAUGCUCCACAGUGUAAUAUUGGUGCUUGCUAACAAACAGGACCUGAGAGGAGCAAUGUCACCAAGGGAAGUAUGUGAAGGAUUAGGUCUCUUUGAUCUCAAGAAUAGAAAGUGGCACAUACAGGGCACUUGUGCUCUUCGGGGAGAUGGCCUUUAUGAGGGCUUGGAUUGGCUGUCCACAACUCUGAAGGAGAGAAAAGCUGCCGGAUAUUCUUCAAUAGGACUAGGAACUUCAUCCAUCUAAUUUUUCAAGACGUAUUUUGGCCUCAGGAUGACUUUGUAGAGUGCGUGGCUGUUCAAAGAUGAGGUGAGUGAUUAUCAAUUUAUUUGGUUUACAUCUGAAGCACUGUUAGUAUGAAGCUGUUUUGGCUUCUAGAGUGGGUGCUUAAGAUACGUGACUUACUCCAGUUAUACAAAUUUGUGUAUGAAGAUUCAUCAACCAAAUUCUUUUUGGCUUGUGUUAUGCCUUUCUAAGUGAACGUGCACCACAUAAAGGGCCAUGGAUACUAGAUCACUUGUUCAUUCUCCCGCCACUAUUUCUGUGUGCUUCUGACUAAUUAUUGCAUUGGGAGCUUCUCGUUAUUCUCGGGAACGUUUUAUUGUAAUUCAAUUCAAUUGGGUGGCUGCUAUUAUUUA